AUCUCCCGCUAGAUAAAGGGGACCUAGCAAAUUGCAAGGAGUGGUGUGUGACUCACUGGAACGGUCUCCGGGAAGCCUCUCUACCUACCGUCUGGAAAAUGGCGAAUGCUAUCAGAUUCUUCGAGUUGAACACCGGAGCUAAGAUCCCGUCCGUAGGUUUAGGCACCUGGCAGUCCGAUCCCGGUCUCGUCGGCGAAGUCGUGGCCACCGCCGUCAAGGUAGGAUAUCGCCAUAUUGAUUGUGCCCAAAUUUAUGGCAAUGAGAAGGAGAUUGGUUUGGCUUUCAAGAAGUUGUUUGAAGAUGGUGUUGUGAAGCGUGAAGAUUUGUUUAUUACCUCCAAACUCUGGUGUACUGAUCAUUCUCCGGAGGAUGUACCAGAGGCAUUAAACAGAACUUUACAAGAUCUGCAGCUUGAUUAUAUUGAUUUAUACCUCAUCCACUGGCCUGUCCGGAUGAAGAAGAGAUCAAUUGGCAUUACGCCUGAAAAUCUCAUUCCUGAAAAUCUCAUUCCAACAGACAUACCAAGCACGUGGAAGGCAAUGGAAGCUCUAUAUGAUUCUGGCAAAGCUCGGGCUCUUGGUGUCAGCAAUUUUUCUACAAAGAAACUGAAAGAUUUGGUGGAAGUGGCACGUGUUCCUCCUGCGGUUAAUCAGGUUGAGUGUCAUCCUUGCUGGCAGCAGUCCGAGCUACGGGAAUUCUGUAAAGCGAAGGGAGUUCAUCUAUCUGGAUAUUCUCCAUUGGGUUCUCCUGGUACAACAUGGCUCAAGAGUGAUGUCCUUAAGCACCCAGUUUUAGUUGAGGUGGCAGAGAAACUGGGUAAGAGUCCUGCUCAAGUUGCAAUUCGCUGGGGUAUACAGAUGGGCCACAGUGUUAUUCCUAAGAGUACAAAGGAAGCACGGAUCAAGGAAAACUUUGAUGUCUUUGACUGGUCUAUUCCAGAUGAUUUGUUUGCCAAGUUCUCUGAAAUUCAGCAGGCAAGGCUUAUCCGCGGGACUCCAUUUGCCCAGGAGACUUGUGGGCAGUACAGGUCAAUCGAGGAACUCUGGGAUGGCGAAAUAUAAGAAAGCGAAUGAUCAUGGAUGGUUUGUCGUUCUAUACUACAGAGCAUUAUUUCAGCAAUCUUGUUGGAUCUACUAAACUGGAUGUUUGUUUGAGAUGGUUCCCCAAAUUUUCUUCCUCCUCCCUGUUAAGGGCAAGAAUGGUGGUGAAAAAUCUUUGUUUAUUCUGCGUCUGAAGAGAACUUAAAAAGGGAUGUUUUUUGCUUUGAUUCAA